UUAUUUGUUGUACUCAAACAACCAGCAGUUAACAGCGGAAGUAUUCACGAAUACUUAUAUACAAAGUGCUAAUUCAAUCAACUAGUUAAAAUUGCUAAUUCCGCUAACCACUAAUCACAGAACGAAUCCAUUGUAUUUACUCCGUACUUCCUUCACAUUUUGGCGGUAAAAGUGAUUGAAAUUGCGAGAACGGUGACAUAUGGCGAACCGCUUUAUCAGUGAGAUGGGUCUUCCCAAGUCGAUCGCCAACGUUUUCGCAGCCCGCAAUGUCAAAACCGCCAAAGAUGCACUUUCGCUAACAGAAUUUGAGUUGAUGGAGUUAUUGGAUGUGGGGCUGGCAGAGGUGACAUCCGCAGUUGCAUACAUCAGUGAAAUGGUCUGCCCUCCCUUUGAAACUGCACUAUCGCUUUUGGAGCAACGAGUUCAAAAUGAGCACUUGGCUGGCCAUCUUCCCACAAGAUUAAAGGGUUUAGACAAGGCCUUGUGUGGUGGGAUUCCAUUUGGUGUUGUGACUGAGCUGGUUGGUCCAGCAGGGAUUGGAAAAACCCAAUUUUGUCUGAAACUGGCAUUGUUGGCUUCUCUUCCAACAAGUUAUGGUGGCUUAGAUGGUCAAGUUAUUUACAUUGAUGUGGAGUCCAAGUUCAGUUCACGAAGGAUGAUAGAAAUUGGAUCAAAAAGUUUUCCUGAAGUAUUUUAUCGUGAAGGGAUGGCGAAGGAGAUGGCAGGUAGAAUUCUGGUGUUGCAGCCUUCAUCACUUCCUGAAUUUACUGAUAGCUUGCAGCAAAUUAAGGUUUUACUGCUUCAGAAUAAAUUGAAGUUGCUUAUAAUUGACAGCAUGGCUGCUCUUGUUUCUGGGGAAUUUGAGCAGACUAAUAAUCCUAGACAGCAUCCACUUGCUUGGCACAUCUCUUUCAUCAAGUCACUAGCAGAGCUUUCACGAAUACCAAUAAUUGUGACAAACCAAGUUAGAUCACAAACCCACGGUGACUCGCUGUUUUCUUUCCAACAUACGGUUGGUGCCAAUUCACAGAUGCAGAGCAGACCAGACAAUCCUUCAAGAUUUGACUCUCAUCUGAUUGCUGCUUUAGGGAUUCACUGGGCACAUGCUGUAAGCAUAAGGCUUAUCCUUGAAGUGAGAUCAGGUCAAAGAUACUUGAAGAUUGCAAAAUCUCCAAUUUCUCCACCUCUGCAAUUUUGUUUCGAAAUUACUGCUUCUGGGAUUUCCUUAUUAAGUGAUGAUGGUGUUGAAGUCUCAGGGCCACAAAUAAAUGCAAUACACUCCCAUGGUCACAGUGCCAUCAUUCAUUGCAGCGACACUUGUUAGUGGAUUUCUGUAGAUCAAAACAAUGACAUUUGAUCAGUAAAUGGGCAAACUGAAACGUUUCUUGUUCUACAAUUCUGAUGCCUCAGGUUGUUCUUAAUUUUACUGGCUAAUUAGGUGACUGUGCUGAAGAUAGAUUCUAGAGUAAUAUUUUACUGAUGUGAUUUAGAUGUAUCUCUUUUUCUUAUGUUAACUGUAUAUGCUCUCAGUCCAAGUUCUCGUUUGUAUAUAUCCAAGCCCCUGUUAUCCAUUGGUUGAAUUACCAGACUCGUGAUAAUAAUGGAGGUCAGUGACACACACAUUGGUUACGAAAAGCUCUGGUGAUAGGCCAAAAUUUUUCCAGCAACAGAUUUUUUUAGUUCUUGUAUUGUUCAUACCUUCUAUAACCCUCUUUUGCCUACCAAACUGGUAAACUAGGACUCGAAUUCUUUGAAACUGAAAAUCAAUAUCGUUUGACAAUAAAGUGUAAAUUACUUGUUUA